CUUAUUCUAAGAAAUCAAUCACAACAACCACAAACACAAGCACAUCCAAGAGACCUGAAUUCCCACUGCAGUGUACCAAAGGAAUUAAUGUGACACAAAGUUGUCCAAGAACAUACCCUACCACACACAACCCCCCAAAUCCUAGCCAUCCAUCCAAUCACACAUGCCCAUCAUACUUCCGAUGGAUCCACGAAGAUCUACGGCCAUGGAAAGAGACAGGAAUCACGAGGGACAUGAUAGAGCGGGCCCGCAAAAUCGCGCAUUUUAGGCUCUUGAUCGUGGACGGCAAGGCUUUCAUUGAGAAGUAUAGCCAAUCCUUUCAAACUAGGGAUAUGUUUACGUUAUGGGGCAUUUUGCAGCUUCUAAGGGUGUACCCCGGUAGAUUGCCUGACUUGGAACUCAUGUUUAACUGUGGUGAUCAGCCCGUCAUCCCAUCAAAGGACUUUAGGGGCCCGAAUGCUAGCCCGCCACCGCUGUUUCGAUACUGCUCGGAUGAGGGGAGCUUGGAUAUUGUGUUCCCAGAUUGGUCUUUUUGGGGCUGGGUUGAGACCAAUGUAAAACCAUGGAGAAGUCUAUUGCAAAGCAUAAAAGAAGGCAAUAAAAGAACAAAGUGGGAAGACAGGGUGCCCUAUGCUUACUGGAAAGGUAACCCAAAUGUGGCUCGAACCAGAAUGGACCUUCUCAAAUGCAAUGUCUCGGACAAAAAUGACUGGAACACACGCCUAUAUAUUCAGAAUUGGGAGCAAGAAUCUAAACAAGGGUUCAAGGAUUCAAACCUAGAAAACCAGUGCAAGCACAGGUACAAAAUUUAUAUAGAAGGAUGGGCAUGGUCUGUAAGUGAAAAAUACAUCAUGGCAUGUGAUUCUAUGACCUUGUAUGUAAGGCCUCGCUAUCACGAUUUCUUCAUGAGAGGCAUGGAGCCAUUGCAGCACUUUUGGCCUAUUAGGGACAACAGCAAAUGCACUUCUCUUAAGUUUGCUGUGGAAUGGGGCAAUAAUCACAAAGACAAGGCGAAGGCGAUUGGGGAGGCUGCGAGCAACUUUAUACAAGAAGAUCUAAAGAUGGACUAUGUGUAUGAUUACAUGUUUCAUGUGCUAAAUGAAUAUGCAAAGCUCUUGAAAUUCAAACCAACUAUACCUCCCAAUGCAGUGGAACUGUGCUCAGAAAAAAUGGCAUGCCCUGCAACUGGUACAUGUAAGAAGUUCAUGGUAGAGUCUAUGGUGGGGUCUCCAAGUGAUGAGCUCCCAUGCACUCUGCCUCCGCCGUAUGAUCCUCUGGCUCUCCACGAUUUUCUUGAGAGAAAGGCUAACUCAACUAGGCAAGUGGAAGCUUGGGAAAAUGAGUAUUGGCAAAGUAUUGAAAAAAAGCAAUAG